GGUAUACAAAUAUUUUUUUUGGAUUCCUAUCUAACACUGACAAAACAAACUUUGUUAAACAAUUCUGAAAUUUAUUUGACCCUAAUAUAAAAAUGAACACUUGUCGCUCAUUGGCUCGAGGUUUGAAUAGUUGCAGUCCGCAAUUAAGGCACUUGCUCGCCCAAAAACCAUUGAUCUCGGCUCGUCUUCUGGCUACUAAAGCCCCGAAGGAUCAUAAGGCGAGUGGACCCACGACAAUUGGACCGAGUGGCGAUAUCCUGGUCCCACCUGUCACUUUGAAAGUGAUACCCUUUCGUAUGCCUCCCGAUUUGCCCUAUGACGAUCGAAAUAUGCUGCUUGGCAGGCAGUUAUCUCCACAUUUGUCCAUCUACAAAAUUCAAUUGACUUCCACCUUGUCCGCAUUCCUGCGAAUUAGUGGGUUUGUUCUGGCCGUUUUUGUUUGGUUCGUCGGAAUCAGCGGCCUAUGCUUGCAAGGCGAUAUGGAGGGAUAUAUAAAGAAACUCGAAAAAUGUGACUGCCAAGGCAUGGUGACGAUGGCCAAGGUGAUGGUGACCAUACCUUUUGCCUACCAUACAGUCGCCGGCACUCGGCACUUGAUCUGGUACUUGAACAAGUUCCUCACGAUACCAGAGAUCUAUGCCACCGGCUAUGUGGCUGUGGCUCUAGCCAUUGCUCUGUCCGCCUUUUUGCUGGCCGUGAAAGUGGGCGAGAAGGUUAAGGAGGAGGUGGUAGAUCUGACAAAAAACAAAAAGGGUCAGAAGAAGAAAGAGGCUCCGAAGGAUGCGAAGAAAGAUGCAAAGAAAGAUGCUCCUAAGGAUACCAAAAAGGAACCCAAGAAGGAUGGAAAGGACAAGAAGAAAGACGAGGAUGGCAAGUCUGCCAAGUGAUCAAAUACGAUUGUGUUAUGUGUUUUAUUAGAUGACUUUUGUGAAGUUUUUUAAGUCGUGCUAUCCAAAUCUAAACGUAUUAAAUCUUUAAAGAACGAAUUGA